CCACUCCUCCUUCCGCAGAACUUCAGUUCAGGGAGACGGUCGUCUCGAUCCCUCUACUCAAAUUACCCAUCAUUUGCUUCAUUGAAGAUUCAGUGUCCUCGCUCCCCAGCUUCUAUUGCAACAAUUGAAGAGGGCCAAGAACCGUUCAAUUCAAAGUGCGGCGAUAGACAGGCGGUUGAAAGAUUAGGGUUUGGCAAUCUGUUGGGACGUGUGGAAAGAAUGGGUUCGGACAGCAGGACUGAUGGGUCCUGGGGCCUUUCCUUGGAACAUGCGACCGGCUUCAGUGGCCAAAUAAGGAGCGGUCUUCAGCUUCACCCAAGCGGGGCGGAGAUGACUUAUGCAGUUGGAGCCUGCAUCGUCAUCGCUAGCACCACCAAUCCAACCGACCAGUCGUUCUUACAUGGCCACGAUGCUCCAAUAACCUGCCUGGCCCUCUCUCCCAAUGCCAAACUCCUCGCCUCCGGCCAGACCGGCAAGAACGCCGACCUCCUCAUCUGGAACUACGCCAAGCGCUCGAUUGCAUUCCGCCUCUCAGAGCACGACUUCGGAGUUGCGUGUGUCGCCUUCUCCCCCGAUGGAAAGCUGCUGGCAAGUGUUGGGAACGACAGAGACAGGAAGAUGAUCGUCUGGGAUACAAGCAGCGGCUGCAUCGUGGCGUCUGUUCCCGCCAACCCCGUCUCGACGGUGGCCCUUGCUUGGGGCGGGUUGGAAGAGGAUGGCCAGGGCAGGCACACCGGGCGCUACCGAUUGGCCACGGCUGGAGGCAAAACUCUACUAACAUGGAUAUUGGACCCCAACCGGGGCACUUUGACCAGCGCAAAGUGCACAACGGGGUCGGUCGUACGAGAGUAUGUGUCGCUCGCUUUUGCGCCCGCUAAAGCCGCAAGAUGGCUCCACGCCGGGACGACCACGGGUGACGUGGCGAGCUUCAGUCUCGCCACGCUGACGUUGCAAUCCACAACCCAGCCCGUGUGCGCGCGCGGUGUGAACACGCUCCUGGUAGUGGACAACAUCGCAGCCGGCCGCUGGUCCGAGUUCGUGGUAGGCGGAGGCGACGGGACAGUUACUGUCGUACCCGCACCAGAUUCGACGGCGGCUACGGCGGCGAACACGCUGCAGCGGAAAGGCUCAGGCCAUGUGGAGAUUGGGACCCUUUCCCGCCGCAACCCGCCCAAGCUGGCGUUCGCCGGCUCCGUCACCUCCCUCUCAGCGACUGACACGUCAGCUGGGCUGAUGCUGGUGGGAACUGCCGAGGGGUACAUUCACACCGUCACUCGUCCGGAGAUAGAGGCAACGAUGAUUGGCGAGAACCACACCGCGGGUGUGACUGGGGCGGCGUUCCUUCCGGACAGGGCUGACGUGUUUGCUAGUUGCUCAAGCGACGGAUCCGUGCGACUGUGGGACCUCGACUCCUACUCAAGCGUAGCGAAGGGUGCCUGCAAGAACGUCGGCGGCGCGACCUGCGUCGCGCUCGCGCCGGGCGCGUGCUUCAGCGGCUGGGCCGACGGCCAGAUCCGGUGCCAUGCAAACCCCCAAACCUCGCUGAUCCCAAACCCCCAAAUGUCGACAGCUGGAGAACUAGUAUGGGCGAUUCCUGAGGCGCACCCCGGGGGCGUUACCGCGCUGAUUUCGGUGCCGGAAAAGGAACUGAUUGUGACCGGGGGAGAGCACGGGGAGGUACGCACGUGGAAUAUACGGACGCGGCAGAUGAAGGCGCAUAUGAAGCUGCACACGGCGCGGAUAACCGGUCUGGCAGAAAUGAGCGGCGGAACCCAGGUGCUGUCUUGCAGUCGCGACCACAGCCUACAGCUGUGGGACCUGAGAACGGAGCGAAGCGUCAAGACCCUAAUCCACAAAGGGGGGGCGAUCAACGGGAUGGCCGUGCACCCUGAUAAGGUCCAAGUGGUAACCAUCGGCCAGGACCGUCACGUGACGGUUUGGGAUCUGCGGCAGUCGGAGCCGGUGCACCGCAUCCCGGAGCCGCACACCGGGGAGCCGACCUGCGUUGCGUUUUCCGCCAGCGGGGCGCUCCUGGCUACCGCUGGGUCCGACCACGCAAUUCGGCUGUGGGAAUUUCCCGCGUGCCAAUUCCUGGCCGAGAAUUUCGGACACAGCGGCACCGUCCGGUCCAUCAAGUUCAGUCCGGACGCCAGGAAGCUUAUCUCGACGGAUGACGACGGUCUUAUCAUGAUCUGGUCGUUGAGUGCGUAGCUUUAAUGGCCCGUGAAAUGCAUGAAAUAAGUUGGUUGGAUCGACACGAGUGUGUACCGAUGUGUGACUCCCGUGUGACUUUGGCUCUCACAUCAUGUGGUUUAGUCGACGUGGGGCAGUAACGGAGCAAAAUAGGAGGAACAUUGAACACUUCGUGCUAGCUUCCAGUACGUCGAAGUGCGACUUCAACGUAUGAUCUAUUGAUGUAGACACGCGGUGUUUGGGAAAGGUCGAGG